AUGCCUUAUGCAAGAGGAGAUACAUUCCGACACCUGGCCAUCUUCCCAGCUGAGACACCAAGCACUCCAUCUGUGUCGAUAGCGUGCUUCCUCCCCGGUGGGGCCCGGGUCCUUGUUGUGGUGACUUUGAUUGUGGCUAUAGCAAAUGGACAGCUGUUCACUAACCACCGAGGACCUUGGAACAUAGUCUUCAAGCUUCCACACAAUAACAAACCCAGUGGAUACAACAGCAUCAUCGAUUUAUGGAAAGCUUCUGGUCACAUGAACGGCGAAGAUGUUGAUGCUAUGACUGACUUCAGUACUUCCUCCAAGAUUUACAAAUCAAAAUGGCUCGACGACUGGGAAAAAAGAAGCUUCUCAGCGGUUCGACUGUCUGCCUACAAAAACAGCAAGGAGGUGGCCUUCAUUACAUUCAACAGUAUGGGCAAGGGGAAAAAUGAAUGGCUGGAUUGUAACAACAUCAUCGACUCCUCAUACACCGACGUCACAUCCCAAUCCAAAAACUACUGCUUAAUGGAUUACAACAGUAACUCUGAGAGAAACUUCUUCGUCAAUCAUGAUUAUGGCGGCUGUCCAAGCGACCAGGGUUGGUUUAUGAUGAAGGACUUUAAUGCCCUCAGCGGAUGUUCCGAAUGGGACGCGGUCACGGGAAAACCUUACUUCCUGUAUGCUGGAGGUACCACUAUGGUGAACUGGGCUACCGGUAACAAACAGACAGCUGACUGCAUGGUCGUUUCUGUUAUGGCUUGGGACAUGGUGUUCAAGGCUGUACAGGGCGUUGUUCCUCCCCAGGGAGGACUCCGUCAGUUGUGGACUUCCAGCGACACUCUGAAUAGCGAUAAUCCCACAGCACAGACACUGACCCGCGCCCCUAAUCUGGUCUACAAGUCAGCAAACGUAGAGAAGUGGCAGAGCAUCCCGGGAUUCUUUAUUGAGAGCGUGAAAUACGCAUUUUUUACGAAUGGAAAAGAGGUUGCCUAUAUUAUCUUUGACGGCCGUGACACAGACAAAAAUGGCUGGUACAAUGAUAACCGUAUUCUAUAUUCAAGAUGGACGGAUAUUAUUGGCUACACCAAAGUAGGAUCAUCCAUUGAUGGUGACGGUACCAGACGUUUUUGUGUGUGGAAAGAACAUGGAGGUUGUCCGAACGAUAAAGCCUGGAUGGCCAUUCUGGACUCAUCGGACUCAUCCCAACCAUGCUCAUGGGACAAAAACGUUCAAAGUCGACCAUAUUUCUUGUACAGCAAGAAAUCCACUUGGGCUCUUUGUGAAUCUAACAAUGCAUGGAAUAGUGCCGAUUUCCCUGCAGCAGAGACAGCUGCCAUCUUUAUCAAAGGUUGGAGGAUGGUAAUGAAAGUCGCGCAUGCCCAAUCCCUCUCUCCUGCUAACGGUGUGUACAACCUAUGGGCAGGCACCUACACUGUUAAUGAAUUUGACACAAAUGCCCUGACCAUUGCCGCCGGAACGAAAACGUACAAAUCUAGCGUGGUGGAUAACUGGUCAAACUACCAUAUAUCGGCUGUUCGAGUCAGCUACUAUAAAGGUGGAAAAGAGACCGCCUACACUGUGUUUGACGCUCACGGUGUUAAAGAUAAAAACAGCUGGUUCGACUGUUCCAGGAUACUGUACACUGCGUAUGAUGACCUCAACCGAUUGAAGGCAGUUUCCUACUGCGGAAUUCCAGGAGAUUCAAGUCUCCAGAGACGAUUUUUUAUCCAGAACAACUAUGGUGGUUGUAGUAACGAUGCUGGUUGGUUCCUUGUUGUUGAAAAAGGAACUUGUGCUUGGGAACAGAGAACAUCUCGUCCCUACUUUAUUUACAGCGGGAAAUCAGGACGCGACCUUCAAGACAAUUUUGUCAUCGCCGACGUCUUUUUGAUAUCUGUUGUUAUGGACAACUGUUUCCCAAAUCCAUGUCAGAACGGUGGCACGUGCUAUGAGGAGGGAAUGGAUUACACCUGCACGUGCAGCGGAAACUGGUUCGGACAGCGAUGUACCGAUUUGAAUGGUGUUUGGGCCAACUGGGGAAGCUGGGGUGCAUGCUCUCAGACUUGUGGUCCAGGAACUCAGUCACGCACCCGCACAUGCACUAAUCCUUCCCCUCAAGGAAACGGCGCCUCAUGUCCAGGAUCCUCAACUUCGUCCCAAAACUGCAAUGUCAUGGUGUGCAUUCCUGAUAUUGAUGGUGGAUGGGGAUCUUGGUCGUCCUAUAGCGCAUGUCCAGUAACGUGUGGUAACGGCGACAGGGUGCGCACACGUCAAUGUAACAAUCCAGCUCAGUCAGGGAAAGGCGCAGAUUGUCAGGGUCCUGCGUCUGACGUUUUAGUCUGCUCUCUGUCUCCAUGCGCUAUCGAUGGAAAAUGGGCCACUUGGUCAUCAUGGUCUUCCUGUACAAAGUCGUGUUCUGGUGGAAAGGAGGUGCGAUCGAGAACUUGUACAAAUCCGGCUACCAACUAUGGCGGCAAAGAUUGCACUGGAGACACGUCGGAAGAGAGAACCUGUAACGCGCAUGCGUGCUCAGUUUGUAGCCAAGGUGAAUAUCUUUGUAAUGACGGUUCCUGUAAAAUGGGAUCCCGCUGUAAUGGAAUCAAUGAUUGUGACGAUGCUAGCGACGAGGAUUCCUGUUCCAACUCGGUUCUGAGGAUGUCUCAGGGAUAUGUAAAUAACGACCUCACCCGUCCAGGCAAUAGCGAAGAGGAAGAAAGUGGCGCUACGUCUUACGGUGGUUCCCUCCUCUUGAUAGUUGGUCUUCUUUCUGCCUUCUUUGUUCUUCGUGUGUGAUGAAUAGUGGAAAUCUACAAAAAUCCUCAAUUUUCGUCAUUGUCAUCGUAUUCAUCAAAGUCAUUCAUGUUUUCAGAUAAUUUUAUCAUUUUUAUUAAUUCCUGAUAACUAGUUACGUGUGCUACUUUCUU